AUGUGCUAUUUCUAUUUGGUGUAUCAUCAGUUAAGUCCAUGCUUACCCUCCACCAGGGUACAAUAUAAUGGUUCAAACAUGCUAACGGUGUAUGCUCCUAGAGCUAUUCUAAAGUGCCAUUUAUACCAAGAUUCAGCUUCUGCUCAACAAACAUAUCCAUGCAAGAUCAAUAACAAUAUUAAUUUGGUGAAUUGCAAUCCUAAACCUUUUGGCAGUCCUUCUAGUAAUAUAUUAUUCCAUAGUUCCUCCUUCUCUGGGAAAUGUGAUAAGCUACAGAAGAGCCUUCAUCUAUUCCAUCAUGUUGCCACACAUAAAUGGCUCUGUGGGUUACAGGAUUCCGUUUCAUCUGAUGAUGAGUACCGUUCUUCACGCAAUAUAGCCAUCAGCUUGUUCAGGCGAUACAAGAACUUCAUUGAUCGUGGUGGAGCCGACAAUCUAAAAGAGUUCAUCACUGCAGGGGUAAAUGCAUAUGCGCUCGGAUGCACUGAUGAAGGAUUGAGGAAAGAACUUAUGGAUAUGAAGAACUCUGGGAUUGAAAUUGAUGUAAUGCAAAGUUAUGGUGGAAGCACAAGCUUGAAAUCUAAGAUCGUCUCAGAGGAGGUUGAUGAAUGUAUUUUCUGGUUAAGCAUUAUAUUCAUCACCAUCUUGUGCACACCCCAACCAACCAUUGUUAGAUGGUCAUCUACGCCUCCAGUGUCAGAUGAAGUGAGACUUCAGUGGAAUGGCUUUUGUGCUCUUAUAGCAAAUGCAUAUUUUAUGAAGGGAAUGGCUUGGCUUCCCGUGAAGACUCUUCAAUUAGAACAGACAGCUGUGAUGGGUGAAGCUGAGAAACCGUCAGUUGUUGCUAGCCGAAUGCGAUUAGUCUUUAGCACACUUGAGGUUGUGAGUCCACAGUGGCCAAGAGCAUAG